AUGAGUGGCGAGUGGAAGCUGUGGAGGCCUGUAUUUAAUUACAGACAAUUAAUGUAUUUAUUAUUCGUACUACGAGUACGAGAAGAAGAGGGAUGUCUCACGGAAUCUCCAGAGAGUAGCAGAGGGAAUCCUUACCGGGAUUUUACAUCGAGCAACCAGGUGAUGACCGGAUGCUCUACGAGGUCUCAACCUGAAGAAACGAGAGAAGAAGCUGACGACAAAACUGAACAAUUUGUUAAUAUUCUUUUAAACGAGCUCAAAAGUGAUGAGGAAGACAAAGGCUUGCAGGAGGAGCUCCUUCAGCUGGUGGAGAUAUUGACCAUUAAUUCUGAAGUCUAUCUCAAACAGAGUCAAGACGAGAAAUCGAUCCUUGGGGCUCUGGGCCAGCUUAGGGUCUUGAUAAGGACUUCGACGACUUCGAUGACUUCUGUUCCGAAGCCUCUGAAGUACCUACGAGAGCACUACGAUACCCUGAAGGAGGCAUACUCCAGAGUCUCCAGGAAGGAGAUUAAAUCCAGGUUCGCAGACAUCCUCAGUGUCCUGGCCAUAGCUGGGACGAACACCGGAGUCAGGGAUUGUCUUCGAUUUUGUCUCGAUGGAACCAUGCGUGACCCUGGAGACUGGGGUCAUGAGUACGUUCGACAACUGGAAACUGAAAUAGUCGAAGAAUGGUCCAAUACACCUAUGAAAUUCGAACAGGAGAUGAGGAAGCAAUUGCUACCGCUGGUUAAAAGCAUCGUAAGGUUCGACAUGAAGCACAAUGCUGAGAUCCAAGCCUGCGACCUUUGCCAGGAGAUCGAUGAAUUGGACCUCAUCGGAGAGCAAUUAGACUCGAACAACUUCCUCAAGAUCUGUCAAUACCUCAUGAACUGCGCCUACUACAGCGAGGAGAUGGAACAGCGUCAGAUCUUGGAAACCGUUGCUGAGCAGUUCUUGAGGUUUAAUGAGUAUUGUCAGGCGACUUUGGUGGCUCUUCAGCUGAAAGAUUCUAAUCUAAUUCACAAAUGCCUCACCGAGUGUCCAGAUCCCCUCAUAAGGAAACAACUGGCGUACCUAUUAGCCAGGCAACAGGACCAACCUCUAAAAAAAGAAUAUAAUGGUGAGGAUGAAGAGGACAUCGUAGCAAUUCUUAGCAACGCUCAUGUAAGUGACCACUUCCGCAUGCUAGCCAGGGAGCUGGACAUUUUGGAGCCGAAGCUUCCAGAGGACAUCUACAAGACUUGGGCUGAGACCGGAGUGUACAGACGUCCUGAGCACGAUUCAGCUCGCGUGAAUCUCGCUGCCAGUUUUGUUACCGGUUUCGUUCAUGCUGGUUUUGGGCAAGACAAGCUUAUGGCGAACACCGAAGAGUGUUGGGUGUACAAAAAUAAGGAUCAUGGAAUGAUGUCAGCUACUGCUUCUCUCGGUCUGAUACAUCUCUGGGAUGUGGACGGAGGACUGGACCCUAUCGACAAGUAUCUGUAUACCAACGAGGAUUUUAUCAAAUCCGGAGCACUAUUGGCAAUAGGUUUAGUAAACUGUGGAGUCCGCAAUGAGUGCGAUCCUGCUUUGGCACUUCUCAGCGAUCAUGUUCUAUCGAAGAGUCUGACUCUUCGAGUGGGAGCUCUUCUGGGUCUCGGUUUGGCUUACGCAGGAUCGAGGAGGAAAGAUGUCAACGAACUGCUGACAGCUGCCUUGACGGAUGAGCAAAGUUCCAUGGAGGUUAUGUCAGUUGCAGCCAUCGCUUUGGGUCUCGUGAACGUUGGGUCCGAAGACUCCGAAGUGUCUUCUACGAUCCUGCAGAAAUUAUUAGAACUGACGCCUCAAGAACUGAUGGUAACUCAGAGCAGGUUUUUACCUUUGGCCCUGGGAAUGGUCUAUAUGGGAUGUCGAGACUCGAUAGAAACUCCUUCCGCAGCCUUGGAAGUUCUACCGGAGCCCUACAAACUUGCUUCACAAACCAUGUUGCAGGUUUGUUCAUACGCCGGAACAGGCGACGUCCUGAUCGUCCAGGAACUGUUACGAAUCUGUUCCGAACCCUACGAAGGAGACAGCAGAUCUAAUUUAAUGGAAACCAUCUCCAUGACAGGAUGCUGCAACCUUCGACCCCAAAUCUCUACUUCGUCCUCAGUUCCUCAGCUCCCCGAUAAAUCCAAAUCCAAGACCUCCACGAAGGACGAGGACAUCGGUCUGUCCCAAGCAAUAGCAUCUCUAGGAGUCGGAGUGGUUGGCUUCGGAGAGGGCAAAGAAAAUUCCAGGAUCUUCGGUCAGAUUGGCAGGUACGGUUCAACUCCUGCGAGGAGAGCCAUGCCUUUAUCGUUGGCUCUGUCGUCACUUUCUGAUCCUGAUCCUGCCAUUUUGGACGUCCUGAAUAAAUACAGCCACGAUAGCGACGUUAACGUCGCUGAUAACGCCAUCCUGGCCCUGGGUUUAGUCGGUGCUGGAUCGAAUAACGCUCGUUUAGCAACAAUGUUGAGACAGCUCGCCGCAUAUCACGCAAAAAAUCCUGCACACCUAUUCCUGAUCAGGAUCUCCCAGGGCCUGGUGCACCUGGGAAAGGGAACAAUUUCCUUGCGUCCUCUGCAUUAUGCAUCCAAGGUCCCGGACCAGGCAGGACUGGCAGGCAUCCUGGUGGUCCUGGUGUCCUGUCUGGACUGCCGAGGCCUGAUCCUGGGGAAGUCUCACUAUCUACUAUAUUGUCUAACCCUGGCGAUGGAACCCAGAUGGCUGGUGACCCUGGACGAGAAUCUGAACGCGAUUCCUGUCUCGGUGAGGGUUGGUCAACCGGUGGACACCACUGGAAAAGCUGGAUGUCCGAAAACGAUCGCAGGAGGUCAAGUUCACUCCACUCCUGUGCUUUUAACUUCCGGGGAAAGAGCAGAGCUGGUCGGUGACCAGCACGAGGCUCUUUCCAGUGUCCUGGAAGGAUUCGUCAUCCUGAAGGAGAAGGUCUGAAAGACCCUUUAGGAUAUUGAACCGUUGAAUGACUAUUUUACAAUUGGGGAUUUAAUAAGAAACGGCGGUGGGUGUCUGAAAACGAUCGCAGAAGGUUGAGGUGAAGUGAAAGACGUCGAAAGACUUGGUCGACGUCGGUAAGAGAGAUUCUUCUAAAUACCUGCGUUGCCGACGUUCGUAUUCAUAUCGUCAGCCGUGUCGAAUUAUAUCGGGUAUUGUACUAAAUGGCAUACUCCAUAUGUCCUUUCCGCACAGUAAUUAUAAAGAGAUCGAAGCCCUAAUUAACUGCAGUGUCACCCUGCGCCAUCUGUAUUCUCUUUAAAGAAUUAAUAGGCAAUAAGGGAUUUAAGAGGCGUCGAGAGAAACGGUAUUGUUCC